AUGGGCGGAUUUUCUCUGCUCGAGUGGACACUCGGCCCGGUGAAAAAUCCGAAGGGUGGUCCGGAGGACGAAACACUAAUAAUUGCUCUCUCCCAUCCGAAGAUAUGGAACGGUGCCUGGAUGUACCUGAUGCUGAAAAUCGUCGAACUGCUGGACACGGUUUUCUUCGUGCUGCGCAAGAAACAGAACCAGGUCUCGUUCCUGCACGUGUACCAUCACACGAUAAUGGUGCUCUUUACGUGGUUCUACUUGAAGUACAUUCCCGGAAUGGAGGCCGCCUUCAUCGGAGUGCUCAACUCGUUCGUGCACAUCAUUAUGUACACCUACUACCUGAUAGCCGCCCUGGGGCCCCGGUACCAGAAGUAUCUCUGGUGGAAGCGCUACAUGACCACGCUGCAGUUGCUGCAGUUCGGCAUUAUGCUGUGCUAUUUCGGGCUCAUCAACAGCAUGCAGUGUGCCGUGCCGCGGGCGCUGACGUACUUUUUCGUCAGCAAUAUUACCAUCUUCCUGUUUCUGUUCAUUAAUUUCUAUCGCAAGGCGUACCAGAGCCGGGUCAUGAAGCGAGACUGA